AUGAGCACGCUGGACAACGACGUCAUCAAGACGCUGACCAAUUUGAUAAGCAAGGGGAUGAGUGAAGAUGCGGAUUGGAAUGAUGAUAACAAUGCUAAGGGCUUGGAGAAUAUUGAAAAUGGCCUUCACGCUCAACAAAGUGAGUUGCACAAACAGCCCACUGAAAUAAAGCAAGGCGUCGACCAAAUCACCAGGGAGCUUGAAAAGCUGAGGAGUGAGUUGCAGGGUGAGGAGGACACUGAUCCAGUAAAAAGAGGCGUGAUAACGAAUUUGGAAUUCAUGAUAAAGGAGAUUGGGAAAGAUAAAAAUAAGGGACUUGAAGACGUGAAAAUAAAGAUUGAAGAGCUUAAUAACAAGACAGUCCCGAAGGUGAGUGAGUACGUCAAUAAGCUGUGCAACAAGAUCACCAAUCACGCCGGAAAUGCGGGAUGGCAUCUGAGCCAGCUGGAAGAAAGGCAUAUAGAUGAGAGGCUCAGCAAAAUCAAGGACGACAUUCACACCCUCCGCACCGAUGACCUCCAGGAGGCCAUAAUGAUGUGCGACAAGUUCCUCACCAACGCCGAUUACAUAGAGAGGAACACUGUGAGGGAGCUUGAGAAAUUCGUGGACUACGAGGUGGAAGAUGCAAUCGCGGAGCUCAGCAAGCAGGCGCGGCGGGACUACGUGGAGUCCGCGAAGGACGCGCUGCAGGCCUUCGCCGCCAGGGUGGCCGGGGAGCUGGAGACUCUGCCCAAGGAGAUCUAUCACGACCUGACGAUAGGCUACAAGGGCUUCAUGAGGCAGAUGGAGGGUGAGCGCAGCGAAAACAUUAAUAGGCUAAGGAACGUGCAGAGCAGAAUGCUCCGAGCAUUGUCCUCCGCGUUCCAGAAUUUCUUCGCGCCGCUCCACGAGUAUCUCCGCAGGGAGAUCCAAAGGGAAAAGAAGGAGCGCGACGACGAAAAGAAUCCCUCACUGCCGAAGUCGGAAGAGCCCUACGCCGCCGAGUGGGACGCCGUGCACAGCGAUGUCAACGCCCUGCUCAAUUACCUCUGCGUGACGCAGGGCUUCGACGACAGGCUGCGAGGCCUGCUCCACAACCUCACCGACGCGCUCACACAGCUGAGGCCGCAGGGCUUCCAGAAGCCCUCCACUCCCACGCUGGACUCCGUGAGCAGGGGACUCAGUGCCUUCGCCGGUGAGUUCGGCGGUGCGUACAUCUCCACUUACUCGGGCGCGGAGUGCCGGGAGGCGGACGCCGACAAGUACGCCAAGGUGUUGCUGAGCAUCAUCCCGAUGACGCACAAUGCGCUCCAGAAUUUGGCUGCCAAAUGCGGCACCAACUGGCGAGGCAAUAAGAUAUGCAAGAUCACCGGCGACGGCAGGGACAACGGCCUGGGCAACUACCUAACCAAAUGCGGCUACACAGUGUCACCCACCGACGGACUCCAGGUGGGGGAAUUGCAAAACCACGGCGACAUGAACGGUGAGCAAAUUCAUGCUUUGCUUAACUCCCCAGUUGAUGUCAGCGUCAAAAUGCUGAUCGACGGCAAGCCUGCGGAAAACGGAAUUAAUGUCGUUGACUUAAUUGGUCUUCUUCAUAACAUGCUUUGUCGCUACCUCCAGGUCUGCCACCUUAAAGUACACGAAUCGCCCAGGUACCCCUGCACGGUGAGGGACAUGUUGUCUUGGCUCUCAGGCCUGCAGUACACUCCGGUGGCGGACAAACUCCACAACCACUGCAGGGCGUUGCUCAACCGCAAGUGCGACGAUAACGAUGCCCCCAACAGGGACGACGCUGUCAUGGCACAGUGCAUAAAUGGCCUGCCGUUCACUAUCGCAGAAGCGUGUUCACACGCCAACUCGCUGCUUAUCACAAUACAGGGCCACGGACGCGGCUUCGACCUGGCCGCCUACCCCUACUCCGUCGACUUCGCCAACAACCGCGCUAAGCUGUACUACCCGGCUGACCCCGAAGAGCUGCUUGAUAUGCUGAGAGAGAUAGUAUGCCGCCUGUGCCGUGUGCUCUACUUCCUCUACGCCCAAUGCUGCCGUGCCACAUCCAAAACCAAGGGCUGGCGGGAGUGCCACUACGGUCGGCAGGUGCCGUCCUCCCACUGGCAAUGUAACACUCUCGACAAGCAGCCCGAUGACGCAACUCACAACUGCCCGCCCACCUCGCCGCUCCAGUCCUUCCUCACCGACAGCUGUCCCAACCUCCUGCCUCAUAAGCUCAGCGUUACUGACGGUGCCAUCGAAUGUGCCGACUGCCCUGCCAACCUACCAGGCCAACAGUGCCUCACCCCGCUCGGCUUCUGGGACCUUGGCCUCGCUGCCUCAGUAGAGCGCACCGGCAGGGAACUUGCGAAGUCUCUUGGUUACCUUUGCAGUGACGCCGACGCCUGCCUCUUCCAACUCUGCCGAACACUGCGCUUGCUGUGCCCCUCAGCACCGCAGUCACUCGGCGACGUGUUCGCGCUGUUCUUCCAAAUGCUCAGAGUGUGGGAUCACGAAUCGUCCCGGCGUGCGUACUCUCACCAUGAGAGUUACCUAACGCAUCUGAACGGUGAGGCCAUCGACAAGCUGUUCCCUCUGUGGACUCAGCUCCACGGCAGUUACCAGAAUGCCCAUCUCACCAACGCCCUCAAGGCACUCGCCGGGCACGACCAUGACAACUCAGGGCACAAUGCCCUCUCAAGUCUGUUCGCCGAGCCGCCUUGUCAAGCACCCAGUGGAUGCGCCCCCUUCCUCCAGCCGCUGGCGCUGCACUCCCACCACACCUUCCCGCAGAAGCACGCACAGCUGUUUGUCUCGUGGAUAGUGUGGCUGGCAUGGCAGCUGUGGGAGCUGCUGGAGUCCCUGCUGGACGCCUUGAACAACAUCGACUGCACGGCCCACGGCUGUUCCACGUGCCUCUGUCAGCCAGGCAACCACGGCGACAAGGACGCCUGUCACUGUGGAUCCCUCGUAGAAUGUGGCGGACCCCUGCCGACACUCUACCGCUACGGAUUCACAUACCGCAACGCCCACGUCCUGCUCGCCGGCAGCCAGAAGAUACGGUGCAGUGACCUCAACGACCAACUCACCAAGGCACUCCACUCCGACCACUUCACUCAACUGUUCCACCAGAUCGACCAACUCCUCUACACCAUCCGAAUGCCCUUCCUCUUCGCCAUCAUCGCGCUCUGGCUCACCGCCACGCUCUACAUCCUCCACUCACUCCUCUACCGCAUGGACAUUUUGUGCAUCCGCUCCCACCUCCUGACCACCAAGGCCUCCCACCUCAUCGACGUCAAGGCGCUGCUCGCCGGAAGCCGCAGGAUGCUCUCACUCUACCACGACGUCGACUACUUCGACGAUGACUUUCACUCAUGA